AUGGAGGGAACUCCCUGCCGGCUCAGGGCGCUCUGCCAGGCCAGGACCAAGAUAAACCGGAUCAGAAUCCGGCCGGGUCUCUCCCAGAAGCAGGUGAGUGUGCUGGCGGGGCCAGACCCUGCCCUGCAGGUCCUGCAGAUCCGGCAGGAGCAUCACGUCCCCGUCCCCACCAGCAGCGCCCCAGCCCCGGCACAGGGCAGCCACGGGCACUGGUGCAACCGGGGGAGACCCGGCCCAGCUGCAUCGCCCCCCAGGAGGCUCCCCAGCGCCAGCGGAGCCCUGCGAGAAGGGAGCAACCAGCACGCUGGGAGCGGGGCCCAUGCCCGGGCGCGUCCUCAGCACCCCCCACCCAGGGACCCCAGCACCGCAACCGCCCCCACCCACCCCGGGACCCUCUCGUACCACGCAGCGGGGCAUCCCUGGCAGUGGGGCUCGCCGAACAGCCGCUCCCCGCCUGGCUGGCGGCCCAGGAAAAUCCCCGGCUUCCCAGGCCCCUCCUGCGGGGACGCGCCGAGCCCGGCCCCGCUCCCCCCCGCGCUGCUGCGGGGCCGCCCCGCUCCCCCCGCAUCCCCCCUGCUUCUUGCCCCCGCACUCACCAUCGCCGCCGCACCUUUGUGCGCGUCAACGCCCCCCCCCCCCCGCACCAAAAUCCUGGGGCUGCUGCUGCGGCGGCGGCGGCGGAGGAGAAGGAAGAGGCGGAGGAAACCCCGAAUCCCAGCGGAGCGGCUCCCCCCCCCAGCCCCGCCGCUCCGCCGCGCCCCGGGCCGGCAGCCCCCGCCCGCCCCGCCGCUGUUCCCGGCCGCUCCCCCCGCGCCCGCCCAUUGUCUCCGCUCCGCGCUCCCGGCGCCCCUCCGGGGCCAUUGUCUGGCGAGAGGCGGGGGGAAACCCGGCGACCCCCGGCUUCCCCCCUACCCCCGUACCUGCAGGACCCCGGGGAUCCCACCCGCUCUCCCGGUUCUCAACACGCAGCCGGGGCUUUUGGAGUCCCCCUCUGCCUCCACCUAUGACAUGGCAAGGAGACAUGAUGCUGCGCCCUGCAUCGGCCAUAGAGACUGGAUGGAGGGGGAUCGCAGCCUGUGCUGGUCCCCUGACCCCUGGACAAUUUUCCAUGGGUAUUUUUCAAAUGAAAAACCACUGUGAAAAAUUCCUCUUGCAUACACCUACCUGUGCACCAGGACCAGCAUCCUCCAGAGGCUGGGGAAGGGAUGGAGAGAUGGAGAUAUGCAUGGGGAAUCACAGAAUCAUUGAAUCAUUUCGGUUGGAAAUGCCCCUCAAGAUCACUGAGUCCAACCAUUAACCCACCCCUGGCACUGACCCAUGUCCCAGAGAACCUCAUGUCCGUCUGUCCAACCCCUCCAGGGCUGGUGACUCCAGCAUUGCCCUGGGCAGCCUGUUCCAAUGCCCAACAGCCCUUUGGGGAAGAAAUUGUUCCCAAUAUCCAAUCUGAACCUUCUCUGGUGCAACUUGAGGCCGUUUCCUCUCAUCCUAAGGGAAGGAGAGCUAGAGAGAAGGAAAUAGCUGUGGCAACAGGGAAAGAGCUGGGAAGCAUCUGGGAAAAUGCCCAGGAAGAUAGAGGAUGAGCCGAGCUGCCCGUUACCCUGCCUGUUACCCUGCCUGUCCACAUACACAAAGAACAGGCAAGGGACCCAAUCUGCUGGAGAUGACAGCGAGGCCAGAACCAGCAUCUAAAUUAGCAUGAAGUGUUUCCAUUGUGCACAGCACAAUGAGGACCAUAUGUCAGGGCUGGGGCUGGCAGCCGGGAACAACAGGCCCCGCUGAGGUUUGGGAACUCGUGCAGCCCAAACCCUAUUACCAUCUUCUGGAGCACCGGCGGCCAGGGGUGCGAUGGAGACAGCCAGCACAGGGGGUUUGGGAGCAGAGCUGGGUUUGGAUGCCGGCGGCGAGGAUAUGACGCAUCCCAAGGGGUGAACACCAGGGAGAAAUCCCUGAGAUGGGACAAAAAGGCGGCGCCCAGGUCCCCUCCUGCACCUCAUCAGCCACGACUGCUCCUUCAGCCCAACGCUGCAGUCUCCCUGCUCCCUCCCCCACAUUUAUUAUUUCCCCUUUGACACAUCUCUGCUGAGCCGAGCUGCAGCCGAGGCCAAUUGAUUAUAUGAAGAAAUUUGGAGCAAAUCGGCGAACAGCUGCAACCUGCCCCCGGGGAUGCGCAGGAUCGGCACAGACAAAGGCGAAGAGCUGCAAACUUGCUUCCCCGCUUAGGCUGAGAUGGGCUGAAGAUGCAGGGAGAGGGCUGGGGGUUCGCAGGGGCAACUGGGAAAGGGAGAGGGCUGGGGGAGGGUGUGGAAGGGACCGUGGGGGCUCUGCCAGGGGUACGGUCAAGCAACGGGUGACUUCGUAGCCAAGGUCACACCGAUUUCCUGGAGAAAUGAAGGAGAGAGGGAUUACUGGGCAUGUUUGGAGAUGCUGAUACCUGGACCAGAUGUCCUCAUCUCUCUGCUGUCACCAGCAGGACUGGGACAUUCGGGGUUUGCUUGUCCCAGUGUAACCGAGCUGGGCUCAGAUGGUGACUGCAGACCCAGGGAAAGGUCAAGCCACCAUGUACCGUGAGCCUGAGCCUGGACAGUGCUGGUAUGACUCUGUGAGUGCCCAGAGGACACGUCCUGGUCCCCUGGCCAGAGUGGAGGGUAGUGCUCUCACUCCCACCAACCCCGCUCACUGGCGCAGCUGCAGCCAUCGACUCCUGCAUGGGGAAUCUGCUGCCACCACCGAACAGGGCAAGGAAGACACAGUUAGAAAUAAGGUUAAAAGAAAAGAAAAAAGAAAAGCUGGGCAGUCCAAGUUCAAGAUCUCCCUUUUGCUGGCAGUUUAAUCAAUUUCCCCCUUCCCAACUUCCUUGUUAACUCACAAAUAAUAAAUCCUUGCACAGUCUGAACAGUCAAGACGAACACACGCUGGGGCACACCGCAUACAAGGGUGGGCUAAUUAGUUGGUUUUUCACCAUGGUCAUUAUUUGUUUGUUUGCUUAUUUUCUAAUUUUCCUUUCCAAAAAGUGCACAACACAGCAAAAUAAAUAAUAACAUUUAUCAAUAAAUUAAUUCAAUAAA